CGUUAAGCUGUCAGCUCAGCGUUGGAAAGGAGCGCUGCGAAAAUGCUUGUUGUAGUGAAAAUGUUAACUGGAAGGUCAAUAAAUAUCGAAGUGGAGCCAUCUGAUACAAUUGAGAAUUUAAAAGCUAAAAUCCAGGACAAAGAGGGCAUUCCUCCAGAUGUACAGCGGAUUAUUUUUGAUCGACAUCAGCUGGAGGACAAUCGGACUCUCAAGGAUUGUGGAAUUCAACACAGUUUCACCGUACAUUUAGUUUUAAGGCUUAGAGGGGGAGAACAACGUGAACAAGAUGUUGAAGAAAAUGUUGAUGAAAGUAUUGAAAUUCAUGACUAUUCUGAGGAAGACAGUGAGGAAGAUGAGGAAGACAGUGAGGAAGACGAGGAAGACAGUGAGGAAGACGAGGAAGACAGUGAGGAAGACGAGGAAGACAGUGAGGAAGACGAGGAAGACAGUGAGGAAGAUGAGGGAGACAGUGAGGAAGAUGAUGGCACAGGAAGUAAGAAUCCC